AUGCCGCAGACGAUCAAAACGCCAGUGCGACUAUUGGCUCACGCAACUGUCAUCACCGUCAACAAGAGCCGGGAAGUCAUUUUAGAUGGUGCACUGCUCAUCGAAAACGGCCGUAUCACAGCGCUCGGGAAGACGUCAGACUUGAUCUACCAACUUGAGUCGAGGGGAGAUCAUGGAGACGUUGAGACAAUUGACUGCACGAACAAGAUCGUCAUACCGGGCCUCAUCAAUACGCACGCGCAUCUAGCGCAGUCGCUGUUACGAGGUCUCGCCGAGGACCUCUCACUCCACAACUGGCUGUGCGAUGCCAUCUGGCCAUUGGAAGCCAACUACGCUGAAGACGAUGGCUACGUUGCGUCAAUGUUGACUAUUACUGAGAUGCUCAAGACGGGUACAACGUGCUUUCUGGAAGCCAUGCUUACGCAUAGAAGUGGGCUUGAGAACGUAGUACGAGCUGUGGAAGAGACCGGAAUCCGCGCAUGCUUGGGCAAGUUGAUCAAAGCCACAGAGUCUAACCCAGAUCUGAACAUGAAGGAUGCAAGAGACCGUGAUGUAGACUCCAUGUCUGUCACUGCAGCUCUCGCGGCUCACCAGCGUUACCAUGGCUCCUGUGACGAUCGUUUACAUGUAUGGUUCUCGGCUGGGACUCCACGAGGCUCGCCUAUGGCUGCGCAUACUAGCAUUGGCGAAGCAGCGCAAACACAUGACAUUGGCCUUACAAUGCACUGUGUAGAAGCACCUAAGGAUCUCACCAUCUACCGAGAUUACUACCAGUGCAGCCCAUUCCAGUUCUGCCGGGAUACAAAGCUAACGGGACCGAAGAGUGUGUUUGCGCAUUGCGUACAUCCGGAUCCGGCAGCCGGAGAUUUUGAUAUUCUACGUGAGAGUAAGAGCACGGUUUCGCACAAUCCUAUGAGUAAUCUCAAGCUGGGUUCAGGGGUCGCACCAAUACCGGACAUGGUUGCGAGUGGCGUGAAUGUGGCGUUAGGAACCGAUGGUGCGCCGUGCAAUAACUCGUACGACAUGUUCAGUGAGAUGCAUCUAGCCUCUAUACUACACGGCGGUGUAAGACACAAUGCCGGCGUACUCAGUGCGUACGAUGUUUUGGAGUUUGCGACUAUCAACGGAGCAAGAGCGUUGGGCCUGGAAGCUGAAAUUGGGAGCCUGGAAAUUGGGAAGAAGGCGGAUGUUGUAGUCGUGGCACCAAAAGGGGUAGCCUGUGCUCCAUGGAACUCAGUAGAGCAGAGUACUGGUGGCAUGGAUCCAGUCACGGUGCUCGUCCACUCCUCAAGUGCGAACACUGACAUGGUUAUUGUUGAUGGCCAAUUGCUUGUUAACAACGGCAAGUUAUUACACAUUGACGAAGAUGUGGCCAUAGAAAAAGCAAACAACUCUAUAGCUGGCAUACGGGAGAGAAGUGGCGUAGGAGCGAGAAACCAUAUGUCGUUGAAGUAUACAUAG